UAAAUAUUUUGAAUUUUGUUCGCUUUUAAAUUACUUUUUCCUCUAUCCAGACACUUUAAAGUACGAAAAUUUUGAAGAAAGUGUUUCCCUUAGAUCCAAUUUACAUCGUAAUACAUGAAAUGUAAUUUUUAUACCGAUAAAGACAUAUGAAAACACUUUAUAUCGAAUGAAGUGAGAAGGAGAACUUUGUAUAUUUAACAUACAACAAAACGUAUCUAAGUGAAAUCAAAACAACCGAAUUUCGGUUCGGUUCCCAAAAUGAGGGAAUUAGGUCGAAAUUUUCUCCAAAUAAUAAAUUAGAUACAUCACAUUCUGCUUAUGAUAGUUACUACAUAAAUAUGUUAUUUAAACAGUGUUUAAUUGUGUUGUGCAUUUCACAUUAUUCUUUCAGCUUCAAUUACAAUCCUUAUUGUUUAUUCGAAGAUUGCAAAUCAAAGGAACAGGAAUUUACUAUCCCUAACGAAUACAAUCCAUACUGUUUGUUAUACGAUUGCCAAAAAACCGAAAUACCGGAAAAUAAACCGAAAUUACCGAAAUUUUGGACUUACAAUUACUGGACAAACGAUGAAGAUGCCAGAACUUGGAACGAGAAAUUCGCUUGUAUAUUCAAGUAUUGCAAAGAAGAUAACGAAAAAAUCGAAGAACAAAAGGAAUCCUACAUAACUCGAACCUUUAACAACGUUAAAAGUUACCUAAACGCAGCUAAACCCCAAGAUUUCAUCCUAAAAAACGUUCUUACAUCCGAAUGGAAUCCAUAUUGUUGGCUGGAUGAAUGCUGCAAUGAAGACUCCCUUCCCGGCAACAUCCACAAAUUGAAGGAGCUUGUGAAACAGGGACUGUACGGGCAACAUUUGGCGGAAACUCUCGUCGAAGCGAUAUCUUCGCAUUGGUCGGACGACCGGAGGUCCAGCAAAGCCCUGGUGCUCAGUUUCCACGGAUCGGUGGGCACUGGAAAGAACCACUUUAGCAGCAUGAUAGCCCAGAGCUUGUACAAACUGGGAUCGGAUAGCAAAUUCGUGCACAAUUUCUCCGGGCGCUUGCAUUUCUCGCCCGAACAAUCGUAUAAGGAGAACCUAUACGAUUGGCUAAGGAGUAACGUGACGGCCUGCGGGAAACAAUUAUUUAUAUUCGAUGAGAUCGAUCACGUUCCUUCGGAGGUGUUGAAUAAUAUCCUGCCUAUGCUCGAUUACAGGGAGAAAGUGGACGGGGCGGAUUACAGAAGGGCCAUUUUUAUUUUCAUUUCCAACUCGGGAAGCGAUUUGAUCGUGGAGAAAUUGAACGAGCUGUAUCGAGGGAACAGAAGUAGAGAGGACAUGGAGUUGGGGGAUUUCGAGAAGGUGAUCGUGUUCGGUAUAUUCAAUCAAGAAGGAGGUUUCUAUCAUUCUGAUACGAUAAAACACAAUAUAAUCGAUCAUUACUUGCCCUUUUUACCCUUAGAGGUGGAACAUGUAAAAGCGUGUAUUGUUAGAGAAUUUAAAGAUUUGAAUGUUGACGAACCGUCCGAAGAGCACGUAAACGCCAUAUUGAAUUCAUUGGAUUGGAUCGAAACGGAUUAUUUAAAAUACGCAAAAAGUGGCUGUAAAACCGUAAGAUCGAAAGUAUCCUAUUUUUACAACAAACAUUACGAAACAACCAAGAAGAAACAUGACCUGUUCAACAGUUAUUACAGGAUCAACUUGGUUGUUAUGGUAACUGAGGGCAGUAUUUGACAUUGACAGUUUUACAUUGUUGUUAUGGAGUAACUAUGCACAUUGUUUACGUUAAUCUAUUACCUUCUGGUUAACUAUAAGUUCAUUUAUGAACUUAAAACCCUCCGCAGAAGGUACGAAGAAUCCCCAUUUAACGGUACUGCCCGUUUGUAAUCUAUCCAAGUUUGAGCCCAACAAGUCGCAGGAACUUCUCAAAAACCCUUCGAAUAAUCCGUGAUUAUCCGCGUUUAGUAACAAAGGGGAAUUUAGGGUUAUGUAAGAGUCGAAUUUCCAAGUCUUCGGGAUGUUUCGAAUGCCUGUUUUAGCGCCAUCUAGUAUAAUGUGGU